UGCGUCCUGUUUAAUAAUCUUCUGCGUCUCUUUUUAAACGUGAAGCUAAACUUCACAUUUUUAAUCUACCUCGCUUUUUUAUGCAGCGUUCAUUUCUCCUUCCAGGCCGACGUCAGGUGCCAAUGUCUCCAUCUCUGUCCAGAUCGGCUCCGAGCCUGCUCAACCACUGGUGGAGCCAGAUGAGGUUUCGCCUGCAGAACAAGAAAGGAUGGAACGAGAUGUUAAAUGAGACGUUUCUGCUGCACGCCAAAAUCAUUAAUGACACUCCUCUCUUCUACGCGGCGAAGAGGAACAGCGUCGACUGUGUGAGGAAGCUCCUCGGCUCCGCUUCCACCAACAUCUUCGAGAGAGGGGCUCUCGGGGAGACGGCGCUUCAUGUGGCGGUGAUGAACGACAACCUGGAGGCGGCCGUCGCCCUGAUGGACGGCGCCCCCGAACUCAUCAACGAGCCCAUGACCUCCGAGCUCUUCCAAGGUGUUACUGCUCUUCACAUCGCUGUGGUCAACCAGAACAUCAACCUGGUCCAACAGCUCAUCAAACGUGGCGGUGAUGUGUCCAACCCUCAAGUCACGGGCCUGUAUUUCAGGAAGAGGAUCGGAGGUCUCAUAUACUUUGGUGAGCACAUCCUGUCCUUUGCCGCGUGUGCUGGGAACGAGGAAAUCAUCUCCAUGCUGAUCGACGCAGGAGCCAGCACGCGAGUCCAGGACUGCAGAGGCAACACCGUGCUCCACAUCCUGGUUCUGCAGCCCAAUAAGAUGACGGCGUGUCUCACCAUGGACCUGAUCCUGGCCCGCGACGCCGAGAGGGACCACCCGGUGCCGCUCGACAUGGUCCCGAACUUCCGAGGCCUUACGCCUUUUAAAAUGGCUGCCAAAGAAGGCAACACCGUGGCAUUUCAGCACCUGGUCAAUAAAAGACGCGUCUUCCAGUGGAAUCUGGGUCCUCUGACAUCUCACCUGUACGACCUGACUGAGAUCGACUCCUGGGCCGACGACAAGUCUGUGCUGGAGCUCAUAGUGGUCAGCCAGAAAAGAGAGGCGAGGAGGAUCCUGGAGCUGACCCCCGUGAGGCAGCUGGUCAGCCUCAAGUGGGACCUGUACGGAAAACACUACUUCAGGCUGCUGCUGCUCAUGUACCUGCUCUACAUCGGGACCUUCACGCUGUGCUGCGUGUUCCGCCCCCUCAUGGACAUCCCAGGGAACUACACGCAGUCAGACACGGAUAAAACCAUCCGCAUACAGAAAGGACUCAAUGAGAGUUACGUGACACACGGCGACAAAGUGCGGCUGGCAGGCGAGAUCAUCAGCGUCCUGGGAGCGUUCGCCAUGCUGCUGCUGGAGAUCCCCGACAUGCUCAGAGUGGGGGCGAAGCGCUACUUCGGCCAGACUGCGCUGGGCGGCCCCUUCCACGUCAUCCUCAUCAGCUACGCCUGCCUGGUGGUGCUGCUGUGCGUCUUCAGGCUGUGCGAGGUGCAGGGGGAGGCCGUGGUGAUGUCCGUGUGCCUGGUCCUCGGCUGGUGCAACGUCAUGUUCUUCGCCCGAGGGUUCGAGAUGCUCGGCCCCUACGUCAUCAUGAUACAAAAGAUUUUAUUUGGGGACCUGGCAAAGUUCAUGUGGCUGAUAGUGAUUGUUCUCAUAGCCUUUUCCACCUCCCUGUGGAUGGUGUACAUGACCCAGGAGCCUGGCUCCCUCCCUGCCUACACCUCCUUCCCCAUCACUCUGUUCUCCGAGUUUGAGCUCAGCGUGGGCCUCAUCGAUCUGCCCGUGGACCAGACCAUCUUCACGCCCCCCAUCGUCAACGUGAUGCACGUCGCCUUCUCCAUAGUCUCCUACAUCCUCCUGCUGAACCUGCUCAUAGCCAUGAUGAGUGACACGCACUGGAGGGUGGCCCAGGAGAGGAAUGAACUCUGGAGAACUCAGGUGGUGGCCACGACGCUGAUGCUGGAGAGGAGGCUGCCGCGCUGGCUGUGGCCGCGGCUCGGCAUAUGUGGGCUGAACUACGGCCUGGAGGAUCGCUGGUUCCUCAGGGUCGAGGACAGAAACGACCCAAAGAUGCAUAAGAUGAGGCGAUACAUCAAGGCCUUCGCCAAAGACGAUAAGAACAAAAGCAAAGAUUCUGAGAAGACCGACGCGAAGAAGGGCUCCCCCGGCCUCAGGUCUAAGAGCAGCGGAGGGUUGAACUCCGUCGGGAGGCUCUCGGGGUGGCAGCUGAUUCGCCUCAGCGCUCUGGGCUAUGAAAUGGAGAAUCAGCUCCAGGGCGGGGAGGACAUUUAACGCCUGUGCACUGGGACAUUGCCUCUGAGCCGCCGGUGCCUUUUCUAAGGCCUCAGGAUAUUUCAGUUUUUCUGUGUAGUCCACAAUGUAAUUAUUUCUUCAGUAUUAACAGAAAAGAGUGGAUUAUUUUUCUAGUCAUUAAGGAACGUGUACUGUAGCAGAUAUAUUUUCUAGGCUUAAAGUAAAGGGAACAUAGACGAUUAAGCUGUGUAGUAUAUUUUAUGAGCAUAAAAAAGGGAUUAGACAAAAUGACUGGCCUUAAUUUCUGAAGAGAUCGUACAGCAGAGCAAUACAGUAUAAAAUGUGUGUCAGUGUCAAACUAUUUGCUACAACACUGCAAGAAAAUACAAAAAUCUAAUUCAGUUACUUAAACAACUGAUUGUCUAGGAACGUUAUGGUCCUUCGCUGGAUGCUAUUGAUUUAGACGCGAGCUAAACGGACAGUUUGGAAUGUCUUCGUCUUCUGUGCUUCCUUCGCUUCAUCUGCUGCUUCAUGUGUCAGAACUGCAGCUGACAGAUGAAGUAGGUGUAGGCUUGGCAGGACGCCUU